AUGCCGGAAACCAAUAACUCCACUUCAUCGACCCAAACGGUUCAUUCCAACCACGCAAGCCCCCCGAAGCCUAGGAACGCCGAGAACAUCCGUCGAUAUUACGAGUCGCCGGCAGGAUCAGAUCCAUAUCAUUUCGAGAUGAGCAAGGAAAGCCAAGAGACUCGACAGCGACACAUCAGUGAGGAACUUCGCAAACUUGAUGAGGUCUUCCGAGCGUCAUAG